AGACCUUGGACAGCCGGACAGCCUGCCAUCUGCGCUCCCACCAGCCAGGCCAGAUCUCAGGCCAUUCACCAUGGGCGGCUGCUUCUCCAAGCCCAAGCCAGUGGAACUCAAGAUUGAAGUGGUGCUGCCAGAGAAAGAGCGGGGCAAGGAGGAGCUGUCUGCCAGCGGAAAGGGCAGUCCCCGGGCUUACCAGGGCAAUGGCACAGCACGCCACUUCCAUGCCGAAGAGCGCCUGCCCACCACGCAGCCCUACCCCAGCCCCCAGGACUGUGUGGAGGCUACUGUCUGUCAUGUCAAGGACCUCGAGAAUGGCCAGAUGCGGGAAGUGGAGCUGGGCUGGGGAAAGGUGUUGCUGGUGAAGGACAAUGGGGAAUUCCACGCCCUGGGCCAUAAGUGUCCCCACUAUGGAGCACCUCUGGUUAAAGGUGUUCUGUCCCGGGGACGUGUGCGCUGCCCCUGGCAUGGUGCCUGCUUCAACAUCAGUACUGGGGACCUAGAGGACUUCCCAGGCCUGGACAGUCUGCAUAAGUUCCAGGUGAAGAUCGAGAAGGAGAAGGUGACUGUUCGGGCAAGCAAGCAGGCCCUGCAGCUGCAGCGAAGGACAAAGGUGAUGGCCAAGUGUAUCUCUCCAAGUGCUGGCCACAGCAGUAGCACCAAUGUGCUCAUAGUGGGUGCAGGUGCUGCUGGCCUGGUGUGUGCAGAGACACUGAGGCAAGAGGGCUUCUCAGACCGGAUCGUCCUUUGCACACUGGAUCGACAUCUGCCCUAUGACCGGGCCAAGCUCAGCAAGUCCCUGGACGCGCAGCCUGAACAGCUGGCCCUGAGACCUAAGGAGUUCUUCCGGGCCUAUGGUAUCGAGAUGCUCACUGAAGCCCAGGUGGUCACAGUGGAUGUGAGAAAUAAGAAGGCUGUGUUCAAGGAUGGCUUCAAGCUGGAGUAUAGCAAGCUGCUGCUGGCACCAGGAAGCAGCCCUAAGACCCUGAACUGCAAAGGCAAAGACGUGGAGAAUGUGUUCACUAUCCGCACCCCCGAGGAUGCCAAUCGCGUGGUGCGGCUCGCCCGUGGCCGCAACGCUGUUGUGGUGGGAGCGGGCUUCCUGGGGAUGGAGGUGGCUGCCUAUCUGACUGAGAAGGCCCACUCCGUGUCUGUGGUGGAGCUGGAGGAGACACCCUUCCGGAGGUUCCUAGGGGAACGUGUUGGUCGUGCCCUUAUGAAGAUGUUUGAAAACAACCGGGUGAAGUUCUAUAUGCAGACAGAGGUGCUGGAGCUGCGGGCUCAGGAGGGCAAGCUGCAGGAGGUGGUGCUGAAGAGUAGCAAGGUUCUGCGGGCAGAUGUCUGUGUGGUAGGCAUUGGUGCGGUGCCUGCCACCGGCUUCCUGAGGCAGAGUGGCAUUGGUCUGGAUUCCCGAGGUUUCAUCCCAGUCAACAAGAUGAUGCAGACCAACGUCCCAGGCGUGUUUGCUGCUGGCGAUGCCGUGACCUUUCCCCUUGCCUGGAGGAACAAUCGGAAAGUGAACAUCCCACACUGGCAGAUGGCUCAUGCCCAGGGGCGGGUAGCAGCUCAGAACAUGCUGGCACAGGAGGCGGAGAUCAACACAGUGCCCUAUCUGUGGACUGCCAUGUUUGGCAAGAGCCUCCGCUAUGCGGGCUAUGGAGAAGGCUUCGAUGAUGUCAUCAUUCAGGGGGAUCUGGAAGAGCUGAAGUUUGUGGCUUUUUACACCAAAGGUGACGAAGUGAUUGCUGUGGCCAGCAUGAACUACGAUCCCAUUGUAUCCAAGGUGGCUGAGGUGCUGGCCUCAGGUCGAGCCAUCCGGAAGCGGGAAGUGGAGUUGUUUAUGCUGCACAGCAAAACCGGCGACAUGUCUUGGCUCACAGGGAAAGGAUCCUGAGCUCUGCUGCGAUGGACUUGGGCAGGCCUCCAGGGCACCAAGGUCAGAGAUCGCAUCCUGGGGGCAAGUGCCAAUCUCCAAUUUCCCAGGAUCCCCCAGGGUGGAAUCUGAGUCCUCCCAUGGCCUGCCUUCAACUGUCUGCCUCCCCUCCAGAGAGGCUCCUGCUGCCUCUAGAAGAUGGUCCAUCCAAGGCCUCAGCUGUCAUCGACAGCUGGUUUUAGAGGCACAACAGGUUUCCCAGCAAGACCCUGAAACAUGACCUUGAAAUUAAAACACGAGUACCUGCA